UCAGCCAGUAGAUAUUCUAACCAUUAUUGACUAUACACUGUAACAUGAAGUUUUUAUCUUUGACAACACUCGCACUUGCGCUUGUAACUGCAUACAUUUGCAAUACUGUCUGGGUGAUGUAUACUUUAUGGAAUCCUAAGGAAUGCUCUUCACAAAACAGGGGAAUGUGUUUGACCUCUUAUGGUUCAAAUAAAGUCAAAUGGAAUUUGAAAGUGUAUUGCACAAAGAAGAAAAAGGUUUCAAAUUAUUCGAAGAAUGAUCUUGUAUGGGAGUUGAAAGAUGUUGAUUUCCAAUCAAAAAUUACUGAGAGUGUCACAAUUCCUUUAUCUCUACCUAAACAUUCAAGUACCCGACUCUACUUCCAUGUAGUCGUGCAUGAGAACGAACAAUCCAAAACUGGAGAAUUUUCAGUUCAUCAAUCGACUAAUAUCACAAAGUAUUCCAAGCCAUUAACAUAUUUUAAAUUGGUCGAUGACAAAAAUGAGACAAAAUCAAACUCAACAGAUCAGGUAUUGCAUUGGAGAACCAAAAUGAAUGUUCAUGUCAUGCAUCCGUUUUUCAACUUCGAUCGAACAGAAUUUCCUAUGGAAAUUUUCAAAUAUAUAAAGCAAACAAAAAGUGGAAAUUAUCUUCCAGUCUUAUUCAUAGAUGAGCUGGCAUAUUUGAAGUCUGAUUUAAAGGAAAUCAAGCAAGACAUGACAAACAUCAGUGUUGAUAUCACAUAUUCUCCAAUAUCAAUUGGAAAAUUAAGAUUGUGGACAAAUCUACUUGUAUCUAUGCAAUCCAUGAGAGAGCUAGGAUUUACAGAAGAAGAUACUGAACAAAUCCGUGGCUUAUUUACAGAUACAAAUAUCAUGUUUUUGGCUUUAACUUUUUUUGUUUCAACAUUUCAUCUUUUAUUUGAAUUUCUUGCGUUUAAACAUGAUGUGCAUUAUUGGAAGGAAAGGAAAACAAUGGAAGGUCUUUCAUUAAAUACUGUUAUAUACAGGUGUGUGAGCACCUUCAUUAUAUUUCUAUAUCUGAUGGAUGAACAAACUAGCUAUAUUGUCUUAGUACCUGCUGGCAUAGGAUCUAUUAUUGAAAUAUGGAAAGUAACGAAGGCAUUAAAAGUUAAAAUCAUUAAAAAUGGUUGGAAGUUUUCAGUGCAAUUUGGCACACUUUCUGGAAAGGAGAAAACUACUGAUAACUAUGAUCACCAGGCAAUCAAAUAUCUAUCCUAUAUUCUUUAUCCAUUGAGUGUGUUUGGAGCAAUUUACUCGCUCUUCUAUGUCCCUCAGAAAGGAUGGUACUCUUGGGUGAUCAAUAGUUUAGUUAAUGGUGUAUAUGCAUUUGGAUUUCUAUUCAUGUUGCCACAACUUUUUAUCAAUUAUAAAUUAAAAUCGGUAGCACAUUUACCAUGGAAGGCAUUUACAUAUAAGGCAUUCAACACCUUUAUUGAUGAUGUUUUUGCAUUCAUUAUUAAAAUGCCGACUAGUCAUAGAAUUGCUUGUUUUCGUGAUGAUGUCGUUUUCUUCUGUUACUUGUAUCAAAGAUGGUUAUAUCCUGUGGAUAAAAAAAGAGCGAAUGAAUAUGGCAUAUCUUAUGAAGAAGACAAAAAAGAAAAAUAGUUUCCACUGUUCCGAUGAAGCUUUUCCUAAUAGUUUUAUACAUCAACAGUGUUUGAAGCUGCUUAUUUAUAUUAUUUUGUUCCAUUUGGUCUAGGAAAUGACUUGAAGCGUGUACUCGUGUUUGGUUACUGAAUUAAAUUUUAAUGGGGGAACUCGGAUAUUUGUAUUGAACUGCAGGUCCUUUCUACUUGAUUACCUUCUCUUCCGGAUCCGUAUGUGGUACUCACCACAAGGAUGCUUGAACAAGAUAGUAAAUUUUUAGUAUUUAGAACUUCUUUUUCGAAUACCUCAUCAGCUCUUGUUGAUUUCAAUAUAUGGACUUGUUUCUGUCCCAAUACUUAUUGCAUAAAUUAUUUUGACACAUUUACUGCUCUGUCUAACCAAAUAAAUUCAGAUUAAAGAAAAGCAUA